AACUGAAACCAAUCUGUGCUGUAUUCUAAUGAACAUUCUGCUGGACAAGCUUCUUUUCAAAACAGUGCAGAUGCCUUGGACAAGAAAUUGCACACUCAGAUAGAUCAACAGUUGCCAUGACAACACAAGUUGUAACCAUAGCAACCAACUUUAAAGGUCAACAAGUCUAUGGAAAUGCUGCAAGUGAUCAUUCUGCUGUGUUCAGCAAUAACGACAAUAUGAAUCCUCAGGCUGAGUCUACUUUUGAAAGAUUUGUACCAGUGCAUGAGGGAAGUAUGAUCAAUAAUGAUGUUCCAGAUACAAGAAAUGGUGGUAAUAUUCAUGAUGCUGAAAAUAUAUCUCAAGAUGAGGGCAAAAAGGAACAGGAUCAGGAAUCAGUAGGAAAGAAUACAUCACAGUUAAAGAUGAAAAAGUCAAGACCAUCUGUCAAGAGAGUCAGGAAAAAACCAUCAGAGAAAUUAGAAAAACACAACAGAGGAAAGAAGCCAAUCACUUCAGAUGUAAAGGGUUUAGAGGAGAGAACUGCAAGAAAAGAUGGGAGUACAUCUGACGGAAAAGAAGAACCAAUGCGAACAGACGCUGAGAAACUAGAUUUAAACAGUAUCAAACAUGACAGUUCUUAUAAUAAAGAUCUCGUAAAUAAGCUUGACAAGAUAUCAGAAGUUAAGUUAACAUCAGAAGUGAAAGGGAAACAGAUUUAUAAGUGUACUGAAUGUGAUUAUCAGGGAUACAGAAAGAAAAGGCUCUCGGAACAUAUGGGAAGAGUCCAUGGUCUCCUGCCUAACGGAUCAUUGCCAGAAAACCCAAUGUUCUCUUGUGACGAAUGUGAGAAAACUUUCGUUUUUGAGAAAGAUCUGUCCAGGCAUAAAAAGAUAGUGCACCAUGGACAAGUGUUUGUUUGCCUUGUGUGUAAUAAGAAUUAUAAAUCAAAAUACGUGUACGAUAGGCAUACAGCAACCCACGCGGAGGGAUAUGUUCAGCCAAAGUUUAAAUGCCAAAUCUGUGAGCAGGAGUUUACAACGAAAUUUUCUCUGAGUUCUCAUAUAAAGUCAAAGCACCUCGGCGUGAAGAAGACUUACAGUUGUCCUACAUGUGGUAAAACUUUCAGUCAGAUCCGUUCAUACAGGCAGCAUGCCAAUGUUCAUGCUGGAAUCCGUCCAUACACAUGUGAGGUUUGUGGAAAAUCCUUCACGUAUGACAAAUCUUUAAAAGAGCACCGUUACAUGCACGAUACUGUGCGGAGAUUUCAGUGUACUGUGUGUCAUAAAGCUUUUCGCCAACAAACCUGUUUACUGAUUCACAUGAAAACACACAAAGAUAAGAAAGAUCACAUAUGUAGUGUGUGUGGCCGUGAAUUUACACAGAAACAGUCCCUUCUACGCCAUGAACGUAUCCAUACAGGUGACAAGCCGUAUUCUUGCAAGCUUUGCUUCAAGUCAUUUGGUGAUUAUGCAGUCAUACGUAAGCAUAUCAUGAUGGCGCAUAAAGCCGACAAAGACGGAUGGAAACAAUUUGCAUUGACAACAGAGAGCAAACGCUCUAAUCAUUAUAUAGACGGUGGUCCAGGAUAUGUCCCCCGUGAAUCGUAUGCAAAAAUAAAUGAGAAACC